AUGGUUGUUAGUAACGAUGCCAAUUUUGGACCGUUGUACAGCCAACAACAAAAGAUCCUGGAGCUUUGGGAAAGGUUCAACCAGAUUUACCCAGAUGGUAAUCUCUCAGAUCAGAAGAACAGCAUACCGACGAUCGAGACACUUUAUCAAGCUAUCGACCAAGCCCAGGCAGCAUGGCAAGAUAAACAGGCUCGAGGAGUCCGGCCUAUACGGGACAAGUUCUUCAACUUUGCUGAAACAAUGAGCGAGUACUCGUAUCUGUUCAGCAUCAUCCCAAAUGGCGAUAAGUAUACCAGUCUUAUCACCGGAGUUGUAUCUUCGGUUGUGAAAGUCUCUGUAAACUACAAAAAGGUUGCCGAGGGUUUCUCAGAAGCAUUGUCAGAUGUCAGCGAUCAUCUUCGAUCCGUCAAGAAGAUCUCAAAAGGAUCAGACAGUCAUGACAUGCGCCAACAUGUCAUCAAACUCUACUGUGAAGUCUUUGAACUCCUGUGCCACGCUCUCACAUGGUUCACGAGUAAGCGAAAGCGCAUAGGAGCUGCUUUUAAGAAGAACUUUUACGAUGAUACGGUGGUGAGUCUCUUGAAUCGGAUAGAAAAGACUGUUACCGCUAUUGAUCGAGAAGCAAAUUACAUCUCGCAUGGGCAAGUGCGGGAGAUUUACGAGAGGGUCUUGGAUACUAAAUUAGAAGAUCGGCUUCGUUCCGUUGGUAUUCAAAAUCGGAGAGAUGGGGAGGCAGCUGUUGAGAGAAAGCUUGUGAUGGCCAGAGAGGCAGUAGGCUGUUCUGAUGAUGUGACACAUCAACUGGUGGGAGAAGAGGCUGUUAGUCAGACGACUUUCGUUGAGAUUUCCUCAUCAGCUGAGCUUAUGACAUCUGAAAGUGAGGAUAGUACGGCGGAAAGCUUUGAUUCGGAUGACGAUUCAGAUCAUUGUUCACGAUAUGAGGUGGAGAAAUUUACAUCUCAUCUUGGCACCUAUCGCGAAUGUCGUGGAACUACAUCUGCAUCUGUACGAGGGGAUGAAGUCAUGUUUCUUCCAGACGAGGUUUCGCUCAGGAUUAAACUAUGGAUUGACAGUCCAGAGUCCAAAUCCAUUUGGAUUCAAGGCAUACCCUCCGCGCAGCAAGAUUCGAUUGUUUCUCGCACAGCGGCCAGGAUAUAUGAUGUUAGCACUGAGGCGCGUCUGCCCUGCAUCGCGAUCUUUUGCCAGCCUCGGUAUCACUUCGCAAAGGAGAAAGGUCUGACGCAGAAGGAGGCGUCGUUGAUUGCUUUCUCAUAUAGCAUCAUCAGACAGCUCGUCCGCUUGCUCCCAACACAGUUUUCGGCAGUAGAAGGGCUGACUCAAAGGAACUUUGAUCUUCUUGAUGGUAGUAUGCAAAGUAUUCAUGCCUCAUUAGAUCUUAUCAGAGCACUGCUCAACCACACACCCUCUCCCCUGAUCUGGGUCAUAGACGGUCUACAGUUGGUUGAAGACAGAACCUCGAUGCCCUUUCUGCAGACCUUUCUGGGAUUACUCAAAGAUCAAAAGACGAAGAGCAUCUCAAAGGUCUGCUUUACUACCCAGGGCAACUGUGCAGUAUUGGCACGUGGUCUUAACUUUCGAGAACGGGUUGAUGCAACGAGGACUGCGUUGAGCGGACCUGGUGUUACGUUAAGAGGCGGGUCUGAUCUACAACAGAUUCGAGCUCGAAGAGUCUGA